UGACCAUUUUUCCUUAUUUCUACCAGGUACAGUGAUACUUCCUCACCAUGUUCCAAACAACAGUGGCUGUUCCAACAAGAGAGAUGACCCCCUUGAGAUGAGUCGAUCAUUAGAACAGAGCCUCAUGGUUACUUGUGUCGGAAGCAUUGCAGAACUGGGUGACCUUGUUGACCGGGCAAUGCAUUUUCACCAGAGUCGCCCUAGGGUCACCGGCUCUCCUCACAAGACCCAUGGCAUCACCUGGAGUCCUGAUGCUCUAAGAACUCUCUUCCAUUUCAUGAGAUGCAACCAGCUAGAGUACCAGGAUGAUAGACCCAUCGUUCAACUUACUCCUGAAAGGCCUUACGUUGUACUCCCGCCCCUGAUGGAGUGGAUACGAGUCGCUACCACGCAUUGUGAACAUCGUCUGAGCAGUGUAGUAGAUAGUGAUGACAUCAGGCAGGCUGCAAGGCUCCUUCUACCAGGCAUCGAUACACCCGUUAGGUCUCUCAGAACGGACGAGUCUCUUUGUUCAUCAAGGCACCUCGAUGCAAGCCAGUCCACAGCUCGGUUCCAGCAGGACCUGGGCUUCCGUAUGCUGGCCUGUGGGAGGACAGACCUGGUCCCAAAUGCUGCUGCUUUGCUGGGACCAGAUGGCAUCGAUGCUAUUAGUGAACAGGGCAUGACAGCAUUGAUGUUAGCCUGUGCGAGGGGAGAUGAAGCAAUGGUGCAGAUAUUACUGGACAAUGGUGCUAAGCCUAAUCUUACCGUCCCGAGUAACAGUCAGAUGUACCCGUGCAUUCACCCGACCAUCAGACAUUGGACGGCUCUCUCGUUUGCAGUGGCUCGGAGGCAUACUCCUGUAGCUCAGUUAUUAUUAGAUGCCGGUGCUAAUGUAGAAGGGGCUCAUGGAGAGAACUACACACAUUCACCUUUACAGCUAGCCUCAGCUGCAGGAUAUCAUGAGCUGGUGUGUCUUCUCUUAGAUAAGGGAGCAGACCCAUACCUUACAACGCUGCAUAGAAAUGGGAUCACCAGUAAAGGACAUGGCAACUCAUUUGCUCUAGCAGCUGCUCAUGGGCACAGAAAUAUUUUACGUAAGCUUCUGGAGCAGCCUCGAUUGAUCCGCUCAUCAGACAUCUUGUCUCUGGAGGAGAUCUUAGCCGAGGGAUCAGACGGGCCUAAGGAACGGAAAGCCAACAAAGCCAGGAAGAACAAGAUUGCUCUUAUGCUACAGGAGGCGAUGUACCACAGCUGUGAACAUAAUUACCUAGACAUUGCAAUGGAGCUUCGUAGCCUGGGCGUCCCGUGGACCUUCCAUUGCUGGCUAGAGACCCUGCGUACCGCCAAGUACUUCCAUCGGUUAGCCAUCAUACAAUGUUUGUUCAGAGACUUUGGGUCUAUCCCCAUCGAGGAGGAUUAUGAGGAGCUGAUCAGGGACGGACUCCCUCUCAUGUUUGAGAUCUUCCGGCAGAGCAAGAAUGAUCUAGUGAGCAAACAACUGGCUAUGGUCUUUCCUCUUCUCAUGGGCUCUGAUAAGAUAACUGAGAUCCCCCUACCGGAUGCUAUGCAUGGGGCUAGGAUAGACCCUCAAUACAUCAACAAUCCUGAGAUGUCCGAUGUGACAUUCGUGGUGGAAGGUCGGAGGUUCUACGCCCAUAAGAUCGUCCUGGUGACGGCAUCCAAACGCUUCAAGGCCAUGCUCUCUGAUCGGAUGCUUGAUCCUCAGAAACCAGUGUUAGAGAUCUCGGAGUUUAGCUACCACAUCUUCCAGCUUGUGAUGCAGUACCUCUAUAAUGGAAGCACAGAGAACAUUCAUGUCAAACCUGCUGACCUUCAUGAGUUGCUGUCAGCAGCCAAUCACUUUGUAUUGAGCGGUCUUCAGCUUCACUGCGAGAGACUGCUUAGCUUUGAUCUGGCCUGGGAUAAUGCUACUACAAUCUACAGACAAGCCAGAUUAUAUGGAGCAGAAUCCCUGCUGGAAUACUGCCAUUGGUUCUUCCUGCUCAACAUGCCAGAACUCCUUGCCAAGAACGAAACCUUCAAGAAACUGAUCUUCCCUCCCAAGCAACAUCCUUAUGACUUACCCAGUAUGCUGCAGGAUACCCUGGCCAAACAGAUCUUCAACCGCUUCACCAAGCAAACCACUGUCUGAUUGAACAUUGCACUCUUUGUGAAGACAUUUUUCAGCUUUUGCACCAAGCAAACCACCGUCUGAUUGAACAUUGCACCCUUUGUGAAGACAUUUUCAGCUUUUGCACCAAGCAAACCACCAUCUAAAUGAACACGUACUGCACCCUUUGUGAAGAUAUUUUCAGCUAUUGCACUGAGCAAACCACUGUCUAAUUGAGCAUUGCACCCUUUGUGAGGAAAUUUUCAGCUUUUGCACCAAGCAAACCACUGUCUAAUUGAACAUUGCACCCUUUGUGAAGCCAUUAUCAGCUUUUGCACCAAGCAAACCACCGUCUAAUUGAACAUUGCACCCUUUGUGAGGACAUUUUCAGCUUUUGCACCAAGCAAACCACCAUCUAAAUAAAGACUGUACCUUUUGUGAGCUUAUUUUCUAUACGCUGCACCUACAAAGUACCACUUAGAAGAAGUUUAUACCCUUUGUCAGUAAAUCUUCAUCUUCUUCAACAAGCAAACCACCGUCUGAAUAAAGACUGUACCAUCUGUGAGCUUAUCUUCUACUGCUGCACCAUUAAAGUACCACUGAACUUAUGUAUCUCCACCUAAUUAAGCACCGUGCAUAUUACAGUCCUACUAAGGUGAAAACCUUAAAUAUUAGCAUUGGACAAACUGCAUCAUAUUACAUUUUAUGUCAUUAGAAAAGUUGUUUUCUCAUCAAAUGUACGAUUUAAUGCUGAAAGUGUUAUCAAAUAUAUAUAUAGUAUUAUUUAUUCAUUUAAGUUGAUUCUUUUUAAGUUUCUAUUUUCAGUGUUUCUCAUCCACUGAAGAAAAUUUUGUAAUAAUUUUAACCUUUAGCAACUGAGUCGUUUAAUUGCCAUAGGCUUAAAGUUGAGUUCUGGUCAUGGCGUUGUGAAAGAAACGUUGUGAAAUCGAUCAGAACAGGUUGAUCAUCUUGCACAUAAGUAUUGGUGUGUACUGCAUAGUUCUGGAAUCAUCAAAAUGAUAAGAAAUAUGGCCCAGUCUUGGAAAAAGUAACAGGCACUGUACACAGAAAGACAUAUACGGGACUACACUGUCUACGCAAACAUGUGGCAUAAAAAUGAGGCCCACAUUUUUAAGCCGUUACAUGUCAUAUCUAGAAAAUGAAGGCAUUUGAAGAGCCAUGCUUUUCAGGGAACAUUUUUUUCUCUGAUGUUCUUACACACUUGCAUAAUAACAAUGAUAACACUCACAAAUUAUUUUUCACCUCUCCCCAGAACUCAACCUUCUCUUUAAAUCAAGAACACCUCUGAAUGUCAUUGUGUGUUUAGAAGUUAUCUCAUUAUAACCUCCUUGAAUGUUACUGCACAAAACCAAAUAUUGACUAUGCUGUUCCCCAGCCCAAUACUACAUGAACCUGAGACAGAAGAAUAGGACUUUGUGUGUUUCAUGUCUGAACAAAUUUAUUUUGUUAUCUCAGAAUAGAGAUCAAGUUUAUUUGUCCGUCAGCAUUAUCUUUAUUAUUUAUUUAACUUUGAAAACAUUCUUGUGAUUCUUUAUGCAGAAUCCUGUUUACUUUAUGCUGGAACUUUGAGACUGCUGGGCAGUCAAAUCAUGAAUUUUUAUUUGAGUAUGUAUUUAAGAAUUUCGCCUAAUAAAGUGUACUAUGAUAUGUAAAUAUAUGGCAGGCAGAUUAAAUAUUGAGAUUAUACAGAAGUGAAGGGAAAACAAACAGAAAUACGGUGCCAAAUAGCAUGUUGUUGUAUUAUAAGGAUAGCGGAUUGAUGAGAAGUAUAUCACGUCCAAAUAAUAAUUUAGGGGACUAUGAUUGUUUUGCAGUAUGUGAAUUUUAUGAAAAGGUGAUAAAUGUAUAAGAUAGUCAAACAUCAUAAGUCAUUAUUAUACAUACAAGCCUAUUUGCCAAGAUAAUAAAAUCAUGUAUUUGAUUCCUUUUGUUUGAUCAAGUUCAACAUUGCUAGCAUGUUGCGUUUCUUCUUUAUAUUACGUCACUC